AUGAAGAGUGUUGGAAAAGGAAAGAAGGGCAAGCUGAUACAGCAUUUCACCAGCCAAAGUCACAGAGAAGCAUUACGAGAUUUUGCAAGAUUCACUAACCCACAUCAGAACGUUGAUGCACUUUUGGAUUUGUCUCGUCGUCAUGAAAUGAUUAAAGAAACUGACGACGCAAUGUUUAACACCAAAAUUAUGUUAAUAUUAUGUGAUGCUGCUCGCACCAUGGCUAUGCAGGACCUUGCAUUUCGUGGAAAUACUGAUGAAUCCAGCAACUUUCAUGAGAUUGUGAAGUUAAUCAGUCGACAUUGCGGCAUUUUGAAAUACUGGCAGAACCAAACAAGGAUGCGACCAUACCAUGUUACCUAUAUGAGCAAAGACACCCAAAAUGAGUUGAUAAAGUUGCUAGGUGACGCAGUGAGGCAUCGUAUGGUGAAGGAGCUAGAGGAAGUCUCAGCGUUCUCAGUAAUGGCUGAUACUACCCCGGACACAAGCAAUAAAGAUCAGAUGGCAAUUGUUGUAAGAUACGUCGUCAAUGCCAAGCCGGUUGAGCGUUUACUGUGUCUGAGGAUUCUCAAAGACAAGUCCGGAGAAGGCCAUGCUGCAGAAAUUUUUAAAGCUCUCAAUGAGUGUAGUGUGGACCCACAAAAACUCGUCUUUCAAUCGUACGAUUUUGCGUCAUGUAUGUCUGGAAAGUAUAAAGGAUGCCAACGAGUGCUAAGUGAUAAAAUUCAAGAAGAUUUUCCACACAAAAAGGAAAUCCUUUACAUCCCAUGCCAGGCUCACAGGCUGAGUACAUAUGUAGAACGAAGCUCCAAAGCAAGCAGUCUUGUAUCAUCGAUGUUUGACAUAUUACAGUCAUUGUACACAUUCUUUUCUAGUAGCACCAAGCGAUCUGAAGCACUUGAAACAGCACAAGUUGAAAUAGAAGGGGCCUUGAAGAUGCGAAAUCUUUCGCAAACUCGUUGGAUUGCUAGAUCUGAAUCUAUUGACAGUGUCUGGAUCUCUUUGACAGUAAUCGUCUCGCUGCUCGAGCAGAUAAUGGAUAGACAACUUGACUGUGACAAAAACACACAGGAUCAAGCCAAAGCAAUUUUGAAGAAAAUGAAAACAUUUGAUUUUGUUUUCAGCUUGGCUACUAUGAGAUUCAUAAUGCGGCACUGUAAGGUUCUGGUUGUGCAACUUCAGGAAGAGGGUUUGAAUUUACUCGACGCACUUGAGCUAGUGUCAUUGACAACUAGGGCGUUAGAAAAGAUUUGA